AUGGACAGUGCGGUUGCAGACGCCCCGAAGGCGCCUUCAGUCUCGGCCCAGGACCACAAGCGGGCUCCCAAACGCUCGGUACUGCGUGAUAUUGUCACGCUUCGUUGGCUUGUUUCGCCCUGGCUGGCGUUCCAAUUUGCGCUGGUGUUUGUGAUCGGCUAUCUCGUGUUUGAGCAUGUCGUGCCGAUCCCUGUUAACCCCUUCCGUCCUUUCCUGUUCCUUUCGUACCGCAUUCCGAACAUGCAGGUCGCUAUGCGCCUGACCCAAAACCCGAUGUACGGCCCUGCGCCGACGUACUCGGCAGACAAUGUGGUACUGACACACCUGCGUCAGUUCUUCCAGGGUGUGCACAAGACGCUCUUCCCGAACGAGCCGGCUUUGCUGCGCUACGGUAAGGGAUGGCUCGAUGUCUGCUUUAUGAGCUAUUACAUUAUCAUCUUCAGUAUCCUCCGCCAGGUCAUCACCGAACGCGUUUUCAAGCCCCUUGCGUCGCGCUGGGGCAUUAAGAGCGAGAACAAGCGAAUCCGUUUUGCUGAGCAGGGCUAUGCGCUCACAUACUGGGGCACGACUAGUAUCAUUGGCCUGUACGUCAUGUCAUUCCAGGACAGCUGGUGGUACAACUUGGAGCACCUGUGGUACCAGUACCCACACUGGCAAAUGCGCCCAGAAUUGAAACUAUACUACAUGCUACAGGCCAGUUACUGGAUGCAGCAGGCGUUCGUGAUGCUUCUGGGCCUUGAGCGUCCACGUAAGGACUAUUAUGAGCUGGUUGCCCAUCACCUAGUGACGCUCUGGCUCAUUGGCUGGUCGUACUUUAUCAACUUGACCAUGAUCGGCACCACCGUGUUUGUUUGCAUGGACAUUCCGGACACAUGGCUGGCCCUCUCCAAGAUGCUCAACUAUUUGGACAAGAACCUCCUUGCAGCGAUUGUUUACUGUACAUUCAUGGUCGUCUGGUCGUACUUCCGGAUCUAUUUGAGCGCGCUGACCAUUUACUCAGUGUACGCCGACUACCACCUCAUUCCGGCGUACGCCCGUACUUUCUACCCUUCCCAGGGACAUUGGCUCGUUUGGUGGAUGCAGUGCCAUGUGUUCGCCCCUCUGUUCCUUCUGCUUCUUCUCAACAUCUUCUGGUACGUCAUCAUGUGGCGUGUUCUGUAUCGCGCGAUCUACGGCGUAUACGGCGACACUCGUGAAGAGGGUGAGGAUGAUGACUCGAAACAAGAGUAA